AUGCCUACCUACGAAGUAAUCCACCGCUGCGACCUCACUAACGAACAACGUGAUGCUCUCGCAGCUGCGAUCACAGAAAUCCACGCCCAACUUUUCACGGUCUCCAAAAUCUUUGUGAAUGUCUGGUUUAGGCACUGGCACGAGGGCGGCCGCUACGUAGGCGGCCAACCGGAGUGCAACAACUGCAUCAGAGCUUUCGUUCGCGGUGGCCCAGCCAGAUCUCGAGAACAAUACGUCGAGCUGGUCAAGCAGGUGCGAGCCGCCUGGUACAAGGUCGUGCCAUCGACGCCCGACAAGGAGACAUUCUUGCACGUUAUCAACGUCAUGGAUAGUAUUGCUGCAGGUAUGGAGUUUGAUUUUUGGACCCCACCGGCGGGCGGGGAUGUCGAAUGGUUCCAAGAGAACUGGAAGGAGUUGACUGAGAAGGCGAAGGACUUUCCGCAGAUUCGAAGAUUGGUGGACGAAGUGAGGGACAGGGGACUGGCGCCUAAGCUCUAG